AUCUGUUGCAGUGAAAAAUAAUUACUUAACAACUCCGCAUCAGUGCUUAUUUCGUAUUUUAAAAUGCAUAAUGCUCACUUUCCUUUAUUUGAAUAAUACUUAAAUGUACUCGGAGCCAAGUGCCCAGAGCACAAGCUACUAUACACACUAUUACCCAUAUGAGGACAAUGACAAACAAAGCCAAAUAGACGCCUUAAAAAAGUCAAUAAGAGAACAAAAAAUAUUACUUGAAGCUGCAGAAGCAAUGUCCAGCUUACACUCGAGAGAAAGCGAUGUUCAGCGCAGUGUGGAUGACCUAAAGAAACACAUUACUGCUGUAGAUAAGGAAAUUGCGCUUAAAAGACAAGACGACAUCACCACUGGUCGCUCAUCAUCCGGUAGAUCUGGACCUGCUUUCUCACACUCACAAUUGUGGUCACGAUACCAAAUCAAUAUGCGACAACUGGAAGAUCUUUUGGACCAAAGGCAGGCACUGCUUAAAGAAAUCAAUUAUCUAACUGGGAAUAGCUUAAAACGACUGGAAGAGGAACUAUACAUUGAAACAGAGCGUCUAAACACAGCCAAGUUAAAAGCAGCCCGUCUAAAAUUAUCCACAACACAAGAUAUUGGUCGAGGUUCGUACGACACCAUAGGUCUGACUGAAUCAGAACGUAUACGAGCAAAGGCACAGGCUAUGGUAGCCGCGCGUUUGAGAAAAGACUCUACCUUAUCAGAGGACAGCUUGCAAACAGAAGAAGAAAGAGCAAAGAAACGAUUGGCAGUGAUUAAAGAUCUAACUGAUGAAGUAAAAAAGAAGAGGGAUGUAGCAGAGGAUCUGUUAAGAAGAGAUUUAUCAGUGAUCGACCAUGAUUUGGAUGUAGCGUCCAAGGAUUUGAAAGAAAGACAGAUGUUUGAACAGGGAUUAUAUAUUGAUGGCGAAGUUGCACGCUUUAUUGAGCAAUUAGGGAAACUUCACGUCUCUGAUCGUUCCAGGAUCGCCCCUUUACCCUUAAAUGGCCAUUCUAACCGUUCUCUCAAUGACUAUUCUUUACCCCCACCUAUACCAACUUCACAGAGACCAGGAACACCCAGAUCAGAGGCAGACAUCAAGGCAGAGGCGUUUAGACGCAUUCAAGCAAGAAAAGCAAUGUUUACCAAAGGCACACAUAGUCCCACGCCAACAAAUGUUUGUAAAAAUCCAUCAGAUGAAAUCAGUGAUGAAAUCAAAGCUUCUCAGGAACGAAUGAAGCAAGCUGAAGCUGAAGCUAGGGCCCACUUGGAAGCAAUGCGCGAAAAGCGUAACAGGUUAAGGCAGGAGGCUGCUAAGGCAGAGGAACUGAGAAAAAAGGCUGCGGCAGAGGCUGCCGCUGCAGCAGAAGCAGAAAUGUUGGCUGAGAAGAAACGAAAACAAGAAGAAGAGAGACAGCGUCUGGAAAAGAUUAGAAGAGAGCAAGAAGAAUUACUUGAAAAGCAGGAACAAGAAAGACUUGCAGAAUUAGAAAGAGUACGUAAACAACAGGAAGAACUAGAACGGUUACGGGAAGAGGAACGUAAGAAGAAGGAGGAGGAGGAACGUGUUGCUGAAGAGAUUCGCCAAAGAAAGGCACGCAAGGCUGCUGAGGAAGCGGCAAGAGAGAAGCGACUUCGCAGAGAGGAGAUUGAACGCCGAGAGAAAGAGAUUGAAGCCGCUAGACAAGAAGAACUGAACCGUCGUAAAAAAUGGGAAGAAGUAGAGCGUCAGAAGCGACUUGAAGAAGAACAAGAAGCUGAAAGACUAAAAAAGUUACGAGAGGAAGAAGAGGCACGUAUUAAAGAGGAAAGGUAUAAAGAACAAGAAAUUGAACUACAAAGAAAGAAGGAAAUAGAAGAGAAGCUUCAAAAACAGCGUGAACAAGAAGAGGAGCAACAGGAGGCAAACUUACUAGCUGUUCCUGAAGUAACAAAUAAAGUCUUUUCACCAAUUACAACAGCAGGCACAAGUGGAUAUGGUGUUGACAUUGAAGAUGAAGUCAACUUUAACAUAAUUUAUCGUGUGAAAGCAUUAUAUGAAUAUCACGGAAUUAGAGAAGAUGAUCUAUCUUUCUCUGCUUCCGAAGUAAUUAAAGCACAUCCAUCUAAAGACAAAGCAAGUGACUGGUGGUAUGGCACCUCUCUCUCUACAAAUCAAGUAGGAUUUUUCCCUAGGACAUAUGUAGAAGUUAUUGAGGAAGCUUUUCGGGUCAGAACCUUGUACGAAUACGUAAAGACACGACCUGGUGACCUAGGCUUCUCUGAAAAUGAAGUGAUCGUAGUUCAGCCCUUCCAAGAUGAGACUAGUGGUUGGUGGUAUGGUACAAAUGAAGAAACGGACGAGAGUGGAUAUUUCCCAAAGAGCUAUGUAGAAGUUAUUGAUUCAGCGAAAGCUCUACCUUCCAUAUCAAUCAACGCAACAACUCUUCCUAUGUCUAUUCCUUUAGUACAGACACCAACGUCUAUUCAUAAUCCCCAUGGCUUGGAUACCUCUGGAGGCGCAUUCUUAAAUGUGAAUGAUCGAGAUGCUCAUCGUGGCCUAUCUGCGCCUAAUACCCCUAUUUUGAAGAAGACAUCUUUAGAAGUAAACAAGGCAGAACUUACAAAGCGCCGUAGAGCAGCAAGUAAUGUCAGUACCAUGAGCAAUAGUCGCAUUAGCACGCCUACUAUCGUGCUUCCUCGACCAAACAAUGUAUCUGAAAAUCUAGAGCUUCAAACUUGGUCCAGUACAAUGGACGAACUUGAACUACAGGCCAUACCUUUAGAAGAACGCCAAAGACAAGAAGCAAUUUUUGAAUUGAUUGCUACGGAAAGAACCUAUUUGAAUGACCUUCAGCUGAUUGUUAAUGUAUUCUACACUGACUCUGGGAAAUAUUUAACACAAGAUGAACGUGAUGUGAUAUUUUCAAAUAUUGACGACUUAUUAUUGUGUAAUACGUCACUUUUAAGUGAUAUGGAGACAAGACAAAGAGAGCAAGGUAAUGUCGUGGAUAAGAUUGGUGAUAUAUUCUUGAAGCAUGCUGAAAGCUUAAAGUGUUACUCAACCUUCUGUCGAAAUCAAUCUUAUGCUACCAAGUUUUUACAAAAGAAAAGAGAAGAAGAUCAAUGGUUUGAAGUCUUUUUAAAGACAGCACAGACCAGGCCAGAGUGUCGUUCGCUUGAUUUCUCUCAUUUCUUAUUAGAACCUGUACAGCGUAUUACAAGAUACCCCCUUCUUCUUCGCCAAAUUUUGAAUUCUACACCUAAAAAACAUCCCGAUCAUGCGCUUGUACGAUCAGCAUUGUCUGUAGCCCAAAAGAUACUUGAAGAUGUCAAUGAAGAAACAAGGCGGUUUGAAAACAAUCAAAAAAUGGAUGAGUUAGCUCGAAUCAUUGAUAUGGAAGGAACAGGCCGUUUAAACAUUCCAGGUCGUGAGUUUAUUAUGGACGGAGUAUUAUUUAAAGCAAAGAGUGGUAGAAAGCUGCAUGGCUUCUUAUUUAACGAUAUACUGAUUUUAGCGGAACCUUUAAAGGCUUUGAAUGAAAGAGGGUACCUUUACAUACUCUACAGAGAGCCCAUGCCCCUGGAAAGAGUCACUGUAAGACAACAGCAUUCUAUAUCGCUAAAGUCUUCAUUUAGUGCCAGUAGUUCAGAGGAUUUAUCUUUUCAAAUUGUAAACAAUAACCAUGUUAUUGCCAUAAAGGCAUCUUCAGCCACCCAAAAGCGCCAGUGGCUAUAUCAACUGCAGCACUAUUGUUCACUUCGGCAAUAUGGUCCAUAAUACAGCGAGGCUGGUAAAUUUUGUCAGUUUGAAGAAAAAAAUUUGCUUAGUACAUUUAUUGUUGUCGCCUUGUACGUAUUUAUUUUAAUGUAAUACCUGUAUUAAAUGGCCAAAGCGAUAGCUUUGACGGAC